CCCUUACCAAAGCUACCUCAUACAGAUCCUAAACCAAUUGAACCAAAGGAUUUGAAUCCACAAGCACCGCAACCACCUCGAGACCCCAAGCCAUCACCAUUCCCUCGUCCAGUACGAAGAGAACGUCCAGACUCACGACCAGACGAAGGGUAUCCACAACCAUUCCCA